AUCUUAUUUACUGUGCAAAGCUUUGAUUUAGUAAGAGUUAAUACAAAGAAAACUAAUCGCUGAAGUAAAAUGGUGAUUCUACACGUCAAAAGAGGUGACGAAAGCCAGUUUUUAUAUGAAAGUGACAUCAACAAUCCGGUAGACGAAGUUGUUAAGGAUAUUGUGGCGAUAUUCAAUGGAAGAUUGAAGGUGGAACGUAUGUGCUAUGAGAUAGAGGAACUGAAGAAUCAUGGAACAUUUCUACCGCCAGAGAUGCAGGGCUUGACUGAGGAACAGAUAAGUGAACUAAAACUGGAAGAUCCUUGGGCCAAGCGCUGUGCUCCCGCCAAUUACGUCGUGACCAAGGAUGACAUGGGGCGACGCUGUGGCUUGGCUCCACCACCCAACCUUCAAGCAGUAUUGACUAAAGCCGCUGAAACUGCUAAGGAGUACAUCAGCAAGAAACAUGUUAAUCUACAGAAAUGUUUCACUCAGAAAGACGUAGCCAUGGCACUUGACGAGCUAAGAGGAGCCACCAAGAUCGUGUUCCCAGCCGGCCUGCCGCCCCACGACCCCGUGCGAAUGGAACUGGACAAUGUGGAGGAUCUGACCGGCACGCAGGCUUCUAAGGAGGUCAUCGACCCUUCGAGAGCUUGUCUGUGGGCUUGUGGGAAGCAACUGUUGAAUGGGAAUAGAUUGAGUGACCAUGUUGGUAAGAUCAACAAGUCCAAAGUGACAGUGAAACUCUGUUCCUCCUCCGAGGGUGCUCCUGGAAGGGAGCCGAUCAUGACAGAAGACGACAGGAAGCAGCUCAUGCUGCAAGCCUACAGAAAGCAAGAGGAGUGGAAGAAGCUGGAGCAGGACGAUGACGACAGCUAUCUGGACUCCAAAUGGGCAGAUGGGCAGACUAUGAAGAGACAGUUCCAUGGUCUGAAUAAUAUAUCGUGGAAACCUGUUAUGAAGCAAUAGAAUUAUUUUAUUUGUUAUGUUUUCCAAGCAGAUUUGUUUUUUUAUGUCUCAAUUAUUGCACGCUCUAUACUCUAUAGCAUAUAGGUAUAUUUCGGUCGAGUGGAAUUUCAUAUAAUAUGAGGUGUCCUUAGAUUUAUUUUUUUAAUUAAAGUGGUAUUUUCGAAAUUUCGUAUCACUUUAUAUGCAAUUGGGUUUCAAUAAUAA